AGUGAGACAGUGAGAGAGAGAGAGAGAGACAGUGUGUGACUGUGAGGAAGACUCAGACUGCACAUAAUACGAUUUAUUCAUUUGUGGAGAAGUUGACCAUUUGGAUUUCUGAGCUUAUUUUGAUUCUCUUCGUAUGGAAUACAAUACACACAUAUUAUGUCAAAAAGCUAACUAACCUGUCAUAAUUGAAAUUGAGUUCAGCUGAUCUCAGCUAAAGGAUUUAACGUAUAUAUUACAAUAACGUACAAAGUAGAAGAACAAAUCACAGGAUCAUUAAUAGUAUCAAAAACGAAGUCAACGGAGAAUUAACAAAAAUUAAAAAAAAAAUCACCACAACGAAACACUAGGUGGUGAUGUACACAUUAUCCACAACUGCUAAAGUCUACUUUCUAAUACACUGUGCAUGGGAGUAUGGAUAAAACUCUAUAUAGGAAUCUUUUCGUGUAUAUUACACUAACGAUGUAAUAAUAACAAUAAUAAUAAUAAUAACAACUAUAUUUGAAAACUUUAUUCUAUUUAUUCAGUGAUUGUUAUUCACAGUGAAAGAGUUUGAGUAAGCGACAAAGACACAGGGAGAGACAGAGAAGAAGAAGAAGACCCAAUAAUUUGCAUAGACCCAAUUGAAUAAUACACCAGCUAAUAUUUAAAACAGAUUAAAACAAAAGGAGAUCCGAUUGUUCAAUAUUCAAUACCUAUUCAAUUGUCAAUACCUAAUCCACUGAUUAAUAACUUAUUAUUAUUAUUAUUAUUAAUUUCAAACAAAACAAGUAAGAUCUAUUGAUCUAAUUCAUGUUCAAUUCCCAGUGGACGUUAUCAGAAGUAUCAUUAUUGUCAGUUGCAAUAAAUUCCUUACAACUGUUUUCACUUUUAUCAGCACUAUUAUUAUUAUCCUUAUUGUUACUAAUUGUAUUUCAUUGCUUUAAUCACUCGUAUUAUUAUUAUUACUACUGUCAUCAUCUAUAUACACGGACAUUUAGCCAUUUUAUCUAUCUACUGCAAUCAUUAUCAUUGUCAUCAUUAGCACUGUCAUUCACAUGGAUUCCGUCUUUGUCAAUUCAUCCGAUUUACAUCCUCUUCUGGAGAUUUAUAGAUCAAGUUCACAGGGAAUUAAUUAUUUGGAUCAUUAAUUCAUAUAAUUUAGUGUUAAAUUGUGUAAAAGUAUGGAAUUUAGACAAUAAAUUGCUGACAGCACUUCUGCUGAAUCAUGGGAAUAAUUAUACUACUACUACUAGUAAUAUCAAAUCUGUGAGUAGUACAGCUAAAACACAAACAUAUACUACUUAUUUCAGUCAUGGAAUGAAUAAGGUAUUUGUAUUCUAUCUUGGAUUAUUAAUAUUUCAUGGAUUAAUAUGUGAAAGAGUUAUUGUUAACAGUCGACCGUUACAAGAUGGUGUGGAACGUCGUUAUGGGGAAUUAAAUUUACGCCCAUCUAAAUCAUCAUCAUUAUCACAACAAAAGAUACCAAAAGUUGUUAUGCCACCGUAUGAUCUUGGAUUUAGAGGUCAAAAAACAGAGGAUAUGAACAAAGUAAGGUCACCAUCAUUAUCAUCCUCAUCAUUUAACGAUGCCAGUGGUAAGUUUGACAAUAUGCGAGGAUUUCAGUCAGACGAGACGUAUGAUGGAAAUGCUCAGUCGUAUUUUCUUUCACCAGCUGCUUCAGCAUCAUUAUAUCAAGGUCGGCGAAAUCCACGUUAUCAGAGAGUUAAUCGUGAUAACUUUAAGAAACAAAACACCAAUUUUAACAAUAAUGAUGAUGAUGUUAAUAAUAAUAACAAUGAUGGUGGACAAUUAUAUUUUGAUACAAAAAUACCCAUAGAUAAUCAAAAGCCAAGAUCUUAUCGACAAUCUCGACCACAAUCCCCAAUGUCAAUAGCUUCUAUUAAAGAGAUAAAUGAUCCAUCCGAUUAUAGAAGAGUUAAUCUUGCCCCAUCUCAACCUUUUCCUUCCCCCAUUCAGCAAUACCAACAACAACCACUCCGACCUUCGUAUUCAUCGUAUAAUCCCCGCCGGUCGAUGAACAGUUUCCCUGAUCCUUUAUUUAUGUCUGAACAGGAAACAAGCUAUGACGGUAAUGAUGCGCAAUUUCCUCAGCAAGAUAACCAAUGGGGUAAGAUAAGUAAUCCAUAUCAGCGUCAAAUGACAUAUGAUGGGAAUACCGGCUAUAUGAAUCGUGAGAAUCCUUCUGUAUGGUAUCCUGUAUCAUAUCAAAAUCUUAAUGAUCAAUUAGAAAAUCCAUCACAAUAUGAAAAUCUUCAUCAACAGAUUCAACAACCUUCAGGCAUUAACUCUUAUCAACCCUUUAAUAUUCCAAACAAUAAAAUUAUCAGUCAAAAUGUUAAUCCUAAUGCUAACGCUAAUGCUAAUGCUAAUAAUAAUUAUGGUCGUAUAAAUGCGAAUAGUGAUCAAUUGUCGUAUUUCAAAGAGAUACCAGAUAUUCAAUUAUCCUAUCUUAUUAAUCAAUAUCAAAUGGAGUUAUCUCGUCGACGAAAUGAGCGUGGUUAUCGCCAGGGGAACGCUUAUUACAGCCAACCAAUUGAUCCUGAACCUAUUUAUUCUCCUGGGUAUUAUCCACAAGAUCAUGGUCUUCAUUUGUCUGGAUCAAAAAGUCAUGACAAAGUUAUUCAACGAUUUAACAGUUUAGCCGGUCAGCGAUUAGAAGCUGGUAUUGAUGAAUUCUUCGAUGAACUUGAUCAUAAUAGGAAUGGAGUAAUUACACUGGAUGAACUUCGUAACUAUUUAUUGCUGCAUGAAGUACACUUUGCACGUUGACAAUGCCCUCUAUUAGUAAUAAUAAUAAUAAUCAUAAUUAUACUAAAACGAUGAGUUUAUGUAUGCGAAAUUCAUACAAUAAUCAUACAUACAUACAUCAAAACUGGAGAUUCAAUGAGGUCAGUAUACCAGUACUUGAAUUUCUCUCUGAAUGUGUCUGAGCAGUUUUAUCUUUGAUACAUAUAGAGAGAGAGAUAUCAAUGUCAUACAAAUUAUUCAUUUAAGAUUAUUGUCAUUCCGUAUUCUUAUUUAUGUGUGUACAUCAUGUAUAAUCUUGUAUUUCAAUUUCCCUCUCUUUUCUUUUUUCCUUCUUUCUUUCUCUCCUAAUGCGUAUACCUCAUUAUACAUACAAAUAGACAAAGCCUUUUCACUUGCCUAUUAUGAAUAUGUUUCAGUGUCAUUAUUUCUGACUAUUACUCACAACACCUAUUUAUUAACUUCCCUUUAAAAAUUUCUUCUAUCUUCCCCUGAAGAAGGAUAAUAUAUGAACAAACUUGAGUACUCUAAAAAGGAGAUAUACAAUAAUAGUCCAUUAUAUUAUUAUUUCAUUAUUAUAUAUUUACACUUGCCUUCAUUACGUUUUUUUAUUAUUAAAAUUGUUAACUUUAUCCCGUUUCCCAACAUCGCUCCUCUCCGCUUCAACCCAACACCCCACAUCGACCAACCCACUUUAUUCUUAUUCCAUUAUCUCUUAUAUUCAUAAGUAACAUAGGCUGCAGGAUAAACAGUGAAUCAGCGUGUGCGUGCGCGCGCUUUUCACAGCUGUUAACACCUUUAGGUAUAGCACAUACACAUAUCUGUGUUCUUGUCUGUGUGUGUGUGUUUGUGUGCGCGCGCUCGCUCGCCUGUGUGCUUUUAAGUGUUGUAUGCAUACUCACAUUAUAUAUAUAUGAUGGUCAUUUCAUCAUCAAUCAUUCAGUUGAUAACUUGGUUUUUGAAAAGCUCUUCUUUUUUUAAAUGUCUUUGCUUUACUCUUUUCCAUUAAUUUAUAAUGAUGCUGAUGACACCAAACACACAAACUAAAAUGAUUAAAAAGUGAUACGUUUUUGUUUUGCUAAAUGAAAGUUGAUUUGAGUUCUUGACUUUGUAAUAAUAAUG